AUGGAGAUGGUUAGAUCAUAUUUCAAGGCAGGUAGACUAAAAGUUUAUGGAACUGUGUUGUCUACUGAAGCAUUGGCAUUGGCAAUUGCCAGUUCACAAGUUGGAUAA